CAUGACAUUCAUGACUGCAUUUUGUCGAUUGUUACGCCACUGCACAUCAUAAAGGUGUAAGCAAAUUGUCAUCUUUUAUGAAUGAUGUAGGGCUCGUGUAGGCCUUUCGUACCACGUGGUUUCGUGCCGGUUUCAAUAAAUUAGUGCUCAGUUGCGUGGGCACGCUGCCAACAACGGUGCAAAAUGGCAAAGCUGUUGACGGACCGAAUUUUAGAGCAUCUGGGUGCACGUGGCGAAACGAACUUGUUGGAUUUGGCGGACGAAUUUCAGGAGGAUCAUCAAAAGAUCGUGGGCGCGGCCAAGAGUCUUGAGACAGUCGAUGGCUUAAUUGUGGUAAAACCGAUUUCCAAGAAGAAAUGGGAGCUUACCGACGAAGGGAGGCACAUAAUAGAACACGGCAGUCACGAAGCGGUCGUUUACAAUGCCGUUCCUGACGAAGGGAUACCCCAGGCAAAGCUCGUCAAGUCUAGCCCUUAUGCCAAAGUAGGUUUCUCUAAGGCGAUGGUCACUGGAUGGAUCGAGCUCGACAAGAGCGGAGACGUUCCUAUCGUACGAAAGAAGGUACCGUCCAUUGUAGACGUCGUACAGACACAUCUGAAGAAUCUCUCAAGUGUCCCGGAAAAUAUUAAAGCGGAAUACAAGAAGAGGAAGCUUUUGCAGGAGGUGGUGAUUAAGAGUAUGCGUCUUGAAAAGGGACCAAAUUUUUCUACGAAGGUAGAAAAGUUAGAGGCAGAUUUGACGUCAGAUUUAUUGGUAAAUGGCACUUGGAAAGACAAAAAAUUCAAACCGUAUAAUUUUGAGGCUCUAGGUGCGUCACUUCCAAUUGGACAUUUACAUCCGUUGUUAAAAGUUCGUCAUGAAUUCAGGAAAAUCUUUCUGGAAAUGGGAUUUACAGAAAUGGAGACGAAUAAUUACGUAGAAAAUUCUUUCUGGAAUUUUGACGCUCUCUUCCAGCCGCAACAGCAUCCCGCUCGUGAUGCACACGACACCUUUUUCAUCUCUGAACCGCGUAUUAGCACAAAAUUUCCCAUGGAAUAUCUCGAAAGAGUGAAGACUGUUCAUAGUAAAGGAGCUUAUGGAUCUCAAGGUUACAGAUACGAUUGGAAGUUGGAAGAGGCUCAGAAAAAUUUGCUACGCACUCAUACAACGUCCAACAGCGCACGGAUGUUGUAUAAACUCAUGGAAAAGGGAGAGUUUAAGCCGGUCAAGUACUUCAGUAUUGAUAGAGUAUUCCGCAAUGAAACUCUGGAUGCGACACAUCUUGCCGAAUUUCAUCAGGUUGAAGGUGUCAUCGCUGAUUACAACCUUACUUUGGGCAAUCUUAUCGGUACUUUAUACGAAUUCUUCAGUAAACUUGGCAUCACUCAGCUUCAAUUCAAACCUGCGUACAAUCCGUACACUGAGCCGAGUAUGGAAAUAUUCUGUUUUCACAACGGGCUGGAGAAAUGGAUAGAAAUCGGCAAUAGCGGCAUGUUUAGGCCCGAAAUGAUAUUGCCAAUGAACCUACCCCCUGAUGUAAAUGUCAUUGCAUGGGGUUUAUCAUUAGAAAGGCCAACAAUGAUUAAAUAUGGCUUGAACAAUAUACGCGAUCUUGUUGGACCAAAAGUGGACAUGGAAAUGGUUCAUAACAAUCCUCUGUGUCGUUUAGAGAAAACUAGCCGAAUGACUCGUUUACAAUGGAAAACGCGUCAGCAAGAAGAAAAAUCAGUUAAAACACAGUCGAAUCAGGAAACGAAGAUCAAGCAGGUGGCGGAACAUCCUUCAGAAAAGCCAAAAUUUGUUAGGCAGCAACUUGUUAUUUUUUGCGAUCCACAGUAUCCAAUUUCUUUCAUCUUAUCUUUCAUACGAGUCGUAGCACCGUACUUUCGUGUUUCUCUGUCAACGCACGUUCAUUCUACGGUGACAAACUUCCCCAAGAAGCUUGCUGGCUUUGGCUCGCUUUAUUUCAGCAAGGAUGCAAACGUGGAUAUAUCUUUCACUGUGAUUUGGAAGCCUAUUGGGCUUGAUCCCAUUAUGGUGUUGCCAGGAAUGCAUAAAAUUCUGGGGAUGGUAAAUAUAGCACGGUAUUUAAAUCGUUUAGUUGAGCAGGUUGACACAAACGUAUUGAAGUAUGAAACGAACGGCCCACUUUACGCAAGUAAAAUAGAUUUUUAUUUAGAUAAAAUACAUUAUGCUUUACAUGACAGCGAUAGAGUGCUGCCAAUGCAUAUACACAAGACAUCUUGUUACAUAAUGGGAAAGGAUAUCUCGAUAAUCGAUCUUAUCCUUGAAGAUAUUGACAAGUGUCAGAUAAGAGAGAAAAUGUAAUUUAUUAAAUUAUUUAUUUUGAUAAAUGAAAUAAACUUGAUUAUGCCUAAAAA